GCUGCGGUCGGUAUUGUCAGACGGUUCCCGGCGUCCCUCGGUUUCCCUCGGUAGUUUCCGGCAAAGAUCGGGAGUUUCUAACGUGCCCCUUGUAGUCUCUCGGCUGCCGUCCUCGCCACUGCCGCCCCUCUUUUCGGCUCCCUCUCCCCCUCCCCCCCGCGGCCGGGCCCGACUGGCGCCUCUGGCGCUACGGGCUGGGCAAGAUGGCGGCCUUCGGGAUCUUGAGCUACGAACACCGGCCCCUGAAGCGGCCGCGGCUGGGGCCUCCUGAUGUGUACCCUCAAGAUCCCAAACAGAAGGAGGAUGAAUUAACCGCCUUGAAUGUAAAGCAAGGUUUCAAUAACCAGCCCGCUGUCUCUGGGGAUGAACAUGGCACCGCCAAGAAUGUCAACUUUAAUCCUGCCAAGAUCAGUUCCAACUUCAGCAGCAUCAUUGCAGAGAAGUUACGUUGUAACACCCUCUCUGACACUGGUCGAAGGAAGCCCCAAGUGAACCAGAAGGACAACUUCUGGCUGGUGACUGCACGAUCCCAGAGUGCCAUUAAUACUUGGUUUACUGAUCUGGCUGGCACCAAGCCACUCACACAACUAGCCAAAAAGGUCCCCAUUUUCAGUAAGAAGGAAGAAGUGUUUGGGUACUUAGCCAAAUACACAGUGCCUGUGAUGCGGGCCGCCUGGCUCAUUAAGAUGACCUGUGCCUACUAUGCAGCAAUCUCAGAGACCAAGGUUAAGAAGAGACAUGUUGACCCCUUCACAGAAUGGACUCAGAUCAUCACCAAGUGCUUAUGGGAGCAGCUUCAAAAGAUGGCUGAAUACUACCGGCCAGGACCUGCUGGAAGUGGGGGCUGUGGCUCCACUAUAGGGCCCUUGCCCCAUGAUGUUGAGAUGGCAAUCCGGCAGUGGGACUACAAUGAGAAGCUGGCCAUGUUCAUGUUUCAGGACGGAAUGCUGGACAGACAUGAGUUCCUGACCUGGGUACUUGAGUGUUUUGAGAAAAUCCGCCCUGGAGAGGAUGAAUUGCUUAAACUGCUGCUGCCUUUGCUGCUUCGAUACUCUGGAGAGUUUGUUCAGUCUGCGUACCUCUCCCGCCGCCUUGCCUACUUCUGUACACGGAGACUGGCCCUGCAGCUGGACGGUGUGAGCAGUCACUCAUCUCAUGUGAUGUCCACUCAGUCGACAAGCACACUGCCUACCACCCCUGCUCCUCAGCCCCCAACUAGCAGCACACCCUCUACACCCUUUAGUGACCUGCUUAUGUGCCCUCAGCACCGGCCCCUAGUUUUUGGCCUCAGCUGUAUCCUUCAGACCAUCCUCCUGUGUUGUCCUAGUGCCCUGGUUUGGCACUAUUCACUGACUGAUAGUCGAAUCAAGACUGGCUCACCACUUGACCACCUGCCUAUUGCGCCCUCCAACCUACCCAUGCCAGAGGGUAACAGUGCCUUCACUCAACAGGUCCGUGCAAAGUUGCGGGAGAUCGAGCAACAGAUCAAGGAGCGAGGACAGGCCGUUGAGGUUCGCUGGUCUUUUGAUAAGUGCCAGGAAGCUACUGCAGGCUUCACCAUUGGACGAGUACUCCAUACUUUGGAAGUGUUGGACAGCCAUAGUUUUGAACGCUCUGACUUCAGCAACUCUCUCGAUUCCCUCUGUAAUCGAAUCUUUGGAUUGGGGCCUAGCAAGGAUGGGCACGAGAUCUCCUCAGAUGAUGAUGCAGUGGUAUCAUUACUGUGUGAAUGGGCUGUCAGCUGCAAGCGUUCUGGUCGGCAUCGAGCGAUGGUGGUAGCCAAGCUGCUGGAGAAGAGACAGGCAGAGAUUGAGGCUGAGCGUUGUGGAGAAUCGGAAGCUGCAGAUGAGAAGGGUUCCAUUGCCUCUGGCUCCCUUUCUGCUCCCAGUGCUCCCAUUUUCCAAGAUGUCCUCUUACAGUUUCUGGAUACACAGGCUCCCAUGCUGACGGACCCCCGAAGUGAGAGUGAGCGAGUGGAAUUCUUUAACUUGGUACUGCUGUUCUGUGAACUGAUUCGACAUGAUGUUUUCUCCCACAACAUGUACACUUGCACCCUCAUCUCCCGAGGGGACCUUGCCUUCGGAGCCCCUGGUCCCCGGCCUCCCUCUCCCUUUGAUGACCCAGCUGAUGACCCAGAGCGCAAGGAGGCUGAGGGCAGCAGCAGCAGCAAGCUGGAGGAUCCAGGGCUCUCAGAGUCUAUGGACAUUGAUCCUAGCUCCAGUGUGCUCUUUGAGGACAUGGAGAAGCCUGAUUUCUCAUUGUUCUCCCCCACUAUGCCCUGUGAGGGGAAGGGCAGUCCAUCCCCUGAGAAACCAGAUGUUGAGAAGGAGGUGAAGCCCCCACCCAAGGAGAAGCUAGAAGGAACCCUUGGGGUUCUUUAUGACCAGCCGCGGCAUGUGCAGUAUGCCACACACUUUCCUAUCCCCCAGGAGGAGUCAUGCAGCCAUGAGUGCAACCAGCGGUUGGUCGUACUGUUUGGGGUGGGAAAGCAGCGAGAUGAUGCCCGCCAUGCCAUCAAGAAAAUUACCAAGGAUAUCCUGAAGGUUCUGAACCGCAAGGGGACAGCAGAAACUGACCAGCUUGCUCCUAUUGUGCCUCUGAAUCCUGGAGACCUGACAUUCUUAGGUGGGGAGGAUGGACAGAAGCGGCGACGAAACCGACCUGAAGCUUUUCCCACUGCCGAGGAUAUCUUUGCUAAGUUCCAGCACCUUUCACAUUAUGACCAACACCAGGUCACGGCUCAGGUCUCCCGGAAUGUUCUGGAGCAGAUCACGAGCUUUGCCCUUGGCAUGUCGUACCACUUGCCUCUGGUGCAGCAUGUGCAGUUUAUCUUCGACCUCAUGGAAUAUUCACUCAGCAUCAGUGGCCUCAUCGACUUUGCCAUUCAGCUGCUGAAUGAACUGAGUGUAGUCGAAGCAGAACUGCUUCUCAAAUCCUCAGAUCUGGUGGGCAGCUACACCACUAGCCUGUGCCUGUGCAUCGUGGCUGUCCUGCGCCACUAUCACGCCUGCCUCAUCCUCAACCAGGACCAGAUGGCACAGGUCUUUGAGGGGCUGUGUGGCGUAGUCAAGCACGGGAUGAACCGGUCUGAUGGUUCCUCUGCAGAACGCUGUAUCCUUGCAUAUCUCUAUGAUCUGUACACCUCCUGUAGCCAUUUAAAGAGCAAAUUUGGGGAACUCUUCAGUGACUUCUGCUCCAAGGUGAAGAACACCAUCUACUGCAAUGUGGAGCCAUCAGAGUCCAACAUGCGCUGGGCACCCGAGUUCAUGAUCGACACUUUAGAGAACCCCGCCGCUCACACCUUCACCUACACGGGGCUAGGCAAGAGUCUUAGUGAGAACCCUGCUAACCGCUACAGCUUUGUCUGCAAUGCCCUUAUGCACGUCUGUGUGGGGCACCAUGAUUCGGAUAGGGUGAAUGACAUCGCCAUCCUGUGUGCAGAGCUGACCGGCUAUUGCAAGUCACUGAGUGCAGAAUGGCUGGGAGUGCUUAAGGCCUUGUGCUGCUCCUCUAACAAUGGCACUUGUGGUUUCAACGACCUCCUCUGCAAUGUAGAUGUCAGUGACCUGUCUUUUCACGACUCCCUGGCCACUUUUGUUGCCAUCCUCAUCGCUCGGCAGUGUUUGCUCCUGGAGGAUCUGAUUCGCUGUGCGGCCAUCCCUUCACUCCUUAAUGCUGCUUGCAGUGAACAGGACUCUGAGCCAGGGGCCCGGCUUACCUGCCGCAUCCUCCUCCACCUUUUCAAGACACCUCAACUCAAUCCUUGCCAAUCGGAUGGAAACAAGCCUACUGUAGGAAUCCGCUCCUCCUGUGACCGCCACCUGCUGGCUGCCUCCCAGAACCGCAUCGUGGAUGGAGCUGUGUUUGCUGUUCUCAAGGCUGUGUUUGUACUUGGGGAUGCGGAACUGAAGGGUUCGGGCUUCACUGUGACAGGAGGAACAGAAGAACUUCCAGAGGAGGAGGGAGGAGGUGGCAGUGGUGGUCGGAGGCAGGGUGGCCGCAACAUCUCUGUGGAGACAGCCAGUCUGGAUGUCUAUGCCAAGUACGUGCUACGCAGCAUCUGCCAGCAGGAAUGGGUAGGAGAACGUUGCCUUAAAUCACUGUGUGAGGACAGCAAUGACCUGCAAGACCCAGUGUUGAGCAGUGCCCAGGCCCAGCGCCUCAUGCAGCUUAUCUGCUACCCACAUCGGCUGCUGGACAACGAGGAUGGGGAAAACCCGCAGCGGCAACGCAUUAAGCGUAUUCUUCAGAACUUGGACCAGUGGACCAUGCGCCAGUCUUCGUUGGAACUGCAGCUUAUGAUCAAGCAGACCCCUAACAAUGAGAUGAACUCCCUCUUAGAGAACAUCGCCAAGGCCACAAUCGAGGUUUUCCAGCAGUCUGCAGAGACAGGGUCAUCUUCUGGAAAUGCUGCAAGCAACAUGCCCAGCAGCAGCAAGACCAAGCCUGUGCUCAGCUCCCUAGAACGCUCCGGUGUAUGGCUGGUGGCUCCUCUCAUUGCCAAACUGCCCACCUCAGUCCAGGGGCAUGUGUUAAAGGCUGCUGGGGAAGAGUUAGAGAAGGGCCAGCACCUGGACUCCUCUUCCCACAAAGAACGUGAUCGACAAAAGCAAAAGAGCAUGUCCCUGUUGAGCCAGCAGCCCUUCUUAUCUCUGGUGCUGACAUGUCUGAAGGGCCAGGAUGAGCAGCGUGAGGGACUCCUUACCUCCCUCUACAGCCAGGUCCACCAGAUUGUGAAUAAUUGGAGAGACGACCAGUAUUUAGACGAUUGCAAACCAAAGCAGCUAAUGCAUGAGGCACUCAAACUGCGGCUCAACCUGGUGGGGGGCAUGUUUGACACGGUGCAACGCAGCACCCAGCAGACCACGGAGUGGGCUGUGCUCCUCCUGGAUAUCAUCAUCAGCGGCACUGUCGACAUGCAGUCCAACAACGAGCUCUUCACCACUGUCCUGGACAUGCUAAGUGUGCUCAUCAAUGGGACCCUAGCUGCGGACAUGUCCAGCAUCUCCCAGGGCAGCAUGGAGGAAAACAAACGUGCCUACAUGAACCUGGUGAAGAAGCUGCGGAAAGAAUUGGCGGAACGCCAGUCAGAUAGUCUGGAAAAAGUUUACCAGCUGCUGCCACUGCCCAAGCCGACUCGAGAUGUGAUCACGUGUGAGCCGCAGGGCUCCCUUAUCGACACCAAGGGCAACAAGAUUGCUGGCUUCGACUCUAUCUUCAAGAAGGAGAUACUUUUCCCUCUCCUGCAAGCCUUCAAGGUCUGUGUUGUAAUUUCCAAGUUUCAGCAGCUCACUAUUUCUCAUUUUCUGGAGCAGGGUCUUCAGGUUUCCACCAAACAAAAGCUCUCUCCCUGGGAUCUUUUUGAGGGCUUGAAGCCAUCAGCGCCACUAUCUUGGGGCUGGUUUGGAACAGUCCGGGUGGACCGGCGCGUGGCCCGUGGAGAGGAGCAGCAGCGGCUGCUGCUGUACCACACACACCUGAGGCCCCGGCCCCGCGCCUACUACCUGGAGCCACUGCCACUGCCUCCAGAAGAUGAGGAACCCCCUGCCCCCACCCUGUUAGAGCCUGAAAAAAAGGCUCCAGAGCCCCCCAAAACUGACAAACCUGGAGCUGCUCCACCCAGCACUGAGGAACGCAAGAAGAAGUCCACUAAGGGCAAGAAGCGCAGCCAGCCUGCCGCCAAGACGGAAGACUAUGGAAUGGGCCCAGGCCGAAGCGGCCCCUACGGAGUGACAGUGCCUCCAGACCUCCUGCACCAUGCCAACCCUGGCUCCAUCUCUCACCUUAGCUACAGGCAGAGCUCCAUAGGCCUCUACACCCAGAACCAGCCACUGCCAGCAGGUGGCCCCCGCGUGGACCCAUACCGCCCCAUGCGGUUACCGAUGCAGAAGCUGCCUACCCGCCCACCUUACCCUGGAGUGCUGCCCACGACCAUGACUGGUGUCAUGGGACUGGAACCUGGCUCCUACAAGACAUCUGUGUACCGACAGCAGCAGCCUACAGCGCCCCAAGGACAGCGCCUUCGCCAACAGCUCCAGGCAAAGAUAAGUCAGGGGAUGUUGGGACAGUCAUCUGUCCAUCAGAUGACUCCCAGUUCUUCGUACGGUUUGCAGACCUCCCAGGGCUAUACUCCUUAUGUUUCUCAUGUGGGAUUGCAGCAACACACAGGCCCUGCAGGUACCAUGGUGCCCCCCAGCUACUCCAGCCAGCCUUACCAGAGCACCCACCCUUCUACCAAUCCUACUCUUGUAGAUCCUACUCGCCACCUGCAACAGCGGCCCAGUGGCUAUGUGCACCAGCAGGCCCCAACCUACGGACAUGGGCUGACCUCCACUCAAAGGUUUUCCCACCAGACACUGCAGCAAACACCCAUGAUAGGCACCAUGACCCCACUGGGCCCCCAGGGUGUCCAGGCCGGCAUCCGGUCGGCUUCCAUCCUGCCUGAGCAGCAGCAGCAGCAGCAGCAGCAGCAGCAGCAGCAGCAGCAACAGCAGCAACAACAGCAGCAGCAGCAGCAGCAGCAGCAGCAACAGUACCAUAUCCGGCAGCAGCAGCAGCAGCAGCAGCAGAUCCUGCGGCAGCAGCAGCAACAGCAGCAGCAGCAGCAGCAACAGCAGCAGCAGCAGCAGCAGCAGCAGCAACAGGCACACCAGCAGCAGCAGCAGCAGGCGGCACCGCCUCAGCCCCAACCCCAAUCCCAGCCCCAGUUCCAGCGCCAGGGGCUUCAGCAGACACAACAACAACAACAGACAGCAGCUUUGGUCCGGCAGCUCCAACAACAGCUCUCUAACACCCAGCCACAGCCCAGUACCAACAUAUUUGGACGCUACUGAGCCACCUGGAGGAACUGCUUGUGCACUGGAUGUGGCCCCACCGUUUCCUCUUAAUUCCCAGUCCUCUUCCCGGGCUAGCACCAGUAGUGGUUGGGGCUCUUCCCUUAGGCUCCAUUUUUAAUGAGUUUUUAGUAUUUUUGUUAAUGUGAGGCAUUGAGCUGUUGGGUUUUGUAUAUUAUUUAUAUAGAGACCCCAGAGCUGUUGCACCCAAUACACAGAGCUUCUUUGCAAA